AUGGAUAUCUAAUAGCGGCGAGCAAGAUUUGGCCGACCGUCCCUAUAAAUGGCAUCCGUCGUGGUGAACCUACAGUAAACCGAGAGUGCAUGAACUUCGGCAGCGAGCAUAGAUAAUUCGCCAUCAUGCCCGUUUUACAGGCUCUGAGUGUCGUUGCGCUCACGCUUAUUUCCUCCAUGUUAGGAAGGUCGCUGGCAGCUCCCGUGGCCCAGUCUGCGGCUAAGUGGAAGGAUCCAGAAGUGCUGGCCUUGGAAAGAGGAGGAGACUUCGAGGGAGACAUUCUUCUGCCUCAAAACAGGCUUACUGACCGCAAUGCCGUUACGAAGAAAGAACAGUUGUGGCCCGGGGGAGUCAUUCCGUACGUCGUCGACCCUCAACUGAAUAACACCAUGAAGAAGAUUCUGAAGGCGAUGGCCCACAUCGAGUCUCAAACCUGCUUGCGUUUUGUGGUGCGCGAAAGGCAAAGGAAUUACGUGUCCAUCAUUCGCGCAAAUGGGUGCAGUUCGUUCGUCGGACGCGUGGGCGGCGCCCAGAAUUUGUCACUGGGCAGCUACUGCCUCUCCCAGGGUGUCAUUGCACACGAGCUGUUGCACGUAGCAGGCUUUGACCACGAGCAUUCACGGUCCGACAGGGACGAGUACAUCGACGUGUUCACGGAAAACGCGCAACCAGAAAACGCCGAGCAGUUCGUGAAGCUCGCACCGUCAAAGAACAAGUUGCUGACACCCUUCGACAUGAACUCGAUCAUGCUGUAUGGCUCGGAAACAUUUGCCCGAGAGCCAGGCCUGGUCACUAUGCUGGCAAAGGACGGCAGCCACCUUAAACCAGUUCACAAGAAGCGCGUUUUGAGCGCCAGCGACGUGCGCCGGAUAAACAUGUUGUAUGAGUGUAGUAAAAAUAAAAAGAGCUAACAUUCGUA